GACGCGGGCGGCCCUGCGGCGGGCAUGAAGGAGGAUGGAAGGGCAGGACGAGGUGUCGGCGCGGGAGCAGCACUUCCACAGCCAAGUGCGAGAGUCCACGAUAUGUUUUCUUCUUUUUGCCGUCCUUUACAUCGCUUCCUACUUCAUCAUUACAAGAUACAAGAGAAAAUCAGAUGAACAAGAAGAUGAGGAUGCCAUAGUCAACAGGAUAUCGUUGUUUCUGAGCACCUUCACCCUAGCGGUUUCAGGUGGUGCUGUUUUGCUUUUACCCUUCUCAAUCAUCAGCAAUGAGAUCCUGCUUGCUUUUCCUCAAAACUACUAUAUUCAGUGGCUGAAUGGCUCCUUGAUCCAUGGUUUGUGGAAUCUUGCUUCUUUAUUUUCCAACCUUUGUUUAUUUGUGUUGAUGCCCUUUGCCUUUUUCUUUCUGGAAUCAGAAGGUUUUGCAGGCCUCAAAAAGGGAAUCCGAGCCCGCAUUUUGGAAACUCUGGUCAUGCUGCUGCUUCUGGCGUUGCUGAUUCUUGGGAUGGUAUGGGUGGCUUCUGCCCUGAUUGACAGUGAUGCUGCCAGUAUGGAGUCUUUAUAUGAUCUCUGGGAAUUCUACUUGCCCUAUUUGUAUUCAUGCAUUUCCCUGAUGGGAUGCCUGCUGCUUCUCUUGUGUACUCCAGUCGGCCUGUCCCGUAUGUUCACAGUGAUGGGUCAGUUGCUGGUGAAGCCAGCGAUUCUUGAAGACCUGGAUGAACAAAUUUAUAUGAUUACCCUAGAAGAAGAAGCACUCCAGAGAAGACUGCAUGGGCUGUCUUCAUCAGUUGAAUACAACGUAAUGGAAUUGGAGCAAGAACUUGAGAAUGUAAAGACCCUUAAGACAAAAUUAGAGAGGCGAAAAAAGGCUUCAGUAUGGGAGAGAAAUUUGGUGUAUCCUGCUGUUAUGGUUCUACUUCUCAUUGAAACAUCCAUUUCAGUUCUCCUGGUGGCGUGCAACAUUCUUUGCCUGCUGGUUGAUGAGUCUGCAAUGCCAAAGGGAACAAGGGGCCCUGGCAUAGGAAGCGCCUCUCUCUCCACUUUUGGCUUUGUGGGAGCUGCACUUGAAAUCAUUCUGAUUUUCUAUCUCAUGGUGUCUUCUGUUGUUGGUUUCUAUAGCCUCAGAUUUUUUGGAAACUUUACACCCAAGAAGGAUGACACAACUAUGACAAAGAUCAUUGGGAAUUGUGUGUCAAUCUUAGUCUUGAGCUCUGCUUUGCCUGUGAUGUCAAGAACACUGGGAAUCACUAGAUUCGAUCUACUUGGAGACUUUGGAAGAUUUAAUUGGUUGGGAAAUUUCUAUAUUGUAUUAUCCUACAAUUUACUCUUUGCCAUCGUGACAACAUUGUGUUUGAUCAGAAAAUUCACAUCAGCUGUACGAGAAGAACUUUUCAAGGCCCUAGGACUUCACAAACUUCACUUGUCAGAUACCUCAAGGGAUUCAGAAACUACCAAGCCUUCUGCAAACGGGCAUCAGAAAGCACUGUGAGACGGCCUCGGUAGCACUCUACAGCAAAUCCUGACAACUCCUGAUUCACGACAUUCCCGUAGACGCUGUUCGCUCUGGUGGGUUGGGGCCCACCUGUCAGUGCCCCCUUCUCAUAAGCACUGACAGCUUGGCACUGCUCGUCUGUCUCCUUGAGUUUUCUGAUUGACCUUGUAGCUUUUGGUUAACCCUGAGUCUUAGAGACUAAGGAAAAGCUGUGUGUCUACAGCCAUCUGGAUGAGAGGUGAAGACUUGGACAUUCUUAUGCUUUGCUCUAUACCUUGAGAAGUUUGGUUCUGCAGGCAGAGGCUUGCUUGAAAGUCAUCUGGUACCCCAAAGCAUCUGAGAAGGUCCUGGAAACUGCUGUACUACUAGUAACAAACUACCAUUUUUUUAUUUCCUUACAAAAAAAAAAACCAAAAGCAGUUUUUCUGAUUCAUGUUACAGAAUCAUUAGACUUCGAGCCAGUGGAAAAUACUAGAUUCUUUUCACAUCUGAGCCUUGGUGGGCAGCCCCAGGACUAUGUUUUUGUGGUAAGCUGCAGUAUGAAGCACAUGUGGUUGUAGAUUUGGACACUGUGUGUGUGCACCUGAUAUACUUUUCACAGCACAGAACCAGUGUUGUGCACACAUGUAACUUAGACUUUGCCUUAUAGGCUGUAUGUAUAUUCACUUUUUAAAACCUUUUUUCAAAAACUACUCUACUCUGUGCUUGUUGUGCCUGUGAAACUCAAAGACAGAAAUUGUUUCUUUUUCAUGUCCCCACGGGGUUCGGUGACUUUCAUAUACACCACCUGAAGUCCCCACCUCAGGAAGGUUACCAGUGUGAUAUCUAGAACGUAAAGGCCAGGUUCUCCUCGGAAGGGUGGGCGCACUGUAAUAUGAGCUCAUAGCCAUUCAGUUGUUUAGUGAGUCUGCUGAGUAAAACAAAGGAGUGCACGCUGCUGUUGUUCCUAGGCAGUGCUGCACACUUCACAGAAACAGAGUGAUGCCCACAUGCACUGUGUGGGUGACAAAACAGGGUUUGUGUUCAGAAAAAAGAAGUAAAGCAUCUUUUUCUCAAA